AUGGAAGGAACGACCGCCCAGCUUGUGUCCAUCGUCGGGCAGCUGGUGGGUAAGGAGUACCGGCAGCUCCGCGGCGUGAGUGCCCAGGUGGCUGAGCUCAGCGACGAGCUGGAAACCAUGAAAGCCAUCCUCCGUAUGCUGUCCGAAGCAGAAGAGGGCGCCGUGGACCACUUCAUCCGGGUGUGGAUGAAGCAGGUGCGCGAGCUCGCCUACGACGCCGAGGACUGCGUACACCUCUACAUCUUCCGCAUCCGGUGCCGGCCAAGAGACCGCUUCCUCGUCUGGUCCAAGCGUGUCCUCGCGACGCUCUUCCCUCGCCGCCGGCUGGCCCGUGAGAUCCAGGAGCUCCGCGCUCGUGCAGUCGUCAUCAGCGAGCGCCACGCGCGUUACGGCGUCAGCCGUGAGGCGCUACUGCGAUGCACUACUUCUUCUUUAGCCGCUCCCACGCCCGUGCCCCGCCAUGCGCUCGGCCUGCCGGCAGCAAACGACCCCGACCAUCUCGUCGGCAUCACGGCGCAGGCUGAUAAACUGACCAACAUGGUGAAGGCAGUUGGUGGGAAUCUCAAGGUGUUAUCCAUCGUGGGAUUUGGCGGGCUCGGGAAGACUACACUGGCGAUAGAGGUGUGCCGGAAGCUGGAGGAGGAGUUCCCACACCAAGCGCAAGUGUCUGUGUCUCAGGCGUUCGGCGGCACAAAGGAUUUCGAGGGUUUGCUGAAGCGCGUGCUUCUGCAGAUUGUGAAGCCGAAGGCAGAUAAUGCCCAAGGCAUGAAGAUAGAGGAACCUCUAGAUAGCGUGGACAACAAGGAUGAAGGCGCCCUCAUCAGGAUGCUCCACGAGCUUCUCAAGGACAAGAGGUAAAUACAAACACACACAAACUAUCUAUCCAUAUAUAUUACUCCCUCCGUUCCAUAAUAUAAGAGCGUUUU